CCGGCAGAAGGCAGACCAAAACAAAUGCGAAAGCCAGACUAAUGUGGCGUUCUCUUGUGCAGGCUCUUUUUCAGCCCAGCCUGAUCCAGAGUUUCCCUCGCCCAACCCUGCAAAACGCCCUGCCUGAUUGCCCCGCCGACCUUCGAUCCACCUGGCUGCUGCGUUUCCAGAAGAAGCGGGCGAAGCAGGGCGAGACACCACCACGAGGUAAGGAUCUACUCCCUCCGCGUCCUCUGUUGUGGGAGUCUUGAAGGGCCACCUGUAGUUACGUAUCGCCACAAUCACAAGUGUCUCUAUCACCUGUUCGGCUAAGACUGAAUCCCCUGCCAUAUUCAGGUCUUGUCUUAUCCUAAAACACCACCACCAGCCAUCAUUGACUCUGUAUCAAUACUCCUCACCUAAAGCAAGUCUGUGAGGAAAGGAAAAAUCACCACCAUGGCCGCCGUUAUCAGUGCCAUGGACAUCACCUACUGCGAAGGGGCACGUCUCCUGCAAGACUCGCAAGCGGAUAUAGAUGCGAUCCUGGUCCAGCGACCCAAUGGAAACCUGACCUGCAAACACUGCUACCUCGUCCUCGCCGACGCCGACAGCCUCCGGACCAUUUCUUCCGACAAGGACUGGCCGCUGGUCGUGAGCUGUCACGUCCAGGCGUGUGCCUCGCUGCACGACCGCCGGGCCGCGUACUCGUGCUAUGCUUGCCUCGAGAGAGGGAAGACGUCCAUCGAGACCUCGGUGGCCGCCCUGAAGAGCCAUCUCCAGUCUUGCGAUCUGAUCAAAGAUGUUCAACCCACAAAGCCGUCCCAGCGGCAAGAACCCGUCAAAGAAGGACCGGGUGCAGCUCCAAGUAUUCCCGAGCGGCCGAAACGGCGUUCACGACCAGCACCAGCUAUGGAGGCGACGCCCGAGAGACAAACAGCUCGCGAGGUCGAGUCGGCCCAAAGCGCUAGUAGCCGGCGGCCUGUCCCCUCGAAUCCAUUCUGGUCUGGUCAAGCAGCACCGCCUGUUGUCCCAAACAGUCCCGUCACACCGGCAGAGUCUGAGCGACCCUUACAACCACGGUCGAGGAGAGAAGUUCCCACUCAGGCAGAAAGAACCUACACUCCUUCAAACGCACCCCGACCAGGGCAACCUAGUACGCCAAGCCGACCUCACGCGGACGCAGCUGACAUCUUCAACGUUCCAGGCGGCUUCCCCCCUCACGACGCUGCCGGCCAUGACCCUCGCAGUCCAUUCUUCCAAGAGUUCCCGCCCACCCCUCCGCCGCCGCGAGGGACCUUCUCCAACGACCACCCGGCGACACCGAUUAGACGAAAGGACGUCAGAUUGGAGACCGCCUCGCAGCCGUUCCCAGAACCCGCUCGAGAGGACCGAACGUUUCCGACGCGACCGAGUCGAGCCCCUCCCGCGCCGCCGGUGUUGUCUGCGCCAGCCCCGGCGCCAGGUCCAAAUGCUUGCCCCGACGCCCGACCAACCCGGCCGGACGUGCCACCGGCAUUUCAGAACACUGGUAGUGGCGACAUAAACGGCACCGCCAUGGAAUAUGGACAGGUGCCGCAAAGUCCGCGCGCUGACCCGGCCAAGAUCCAACAACUCGCGGCCCUGGGAAUCAGCAGGGCCAGAGCCGAGUAUCUGCUCCACCAGACGGGAGGAGACGUCAAUGAAGCAGCCGAACUGGGGUUCUCGGAGCAGCAGGGCAGCGUGGGCGGUGCUGGUGGUGGAUGGCUGCCGACAGCAGCUUCGCAGGCUGCACAGUCUGAGGCACUCCCAUCGUCUCCGGGCCUGGACAGACGAAAUCGACGGUCAAGGUAAGGGGAAGGCAUGGGAUGGCGGAGAAGAGGCCUGGAGGAUCUAGACAGCAUUUGAGCCACAUUCGAGGGGGAUCUCGCAACAUAUUGUCUUUGGAGUUGCAACGGCUACCCAGACGGGCAAGAGUCGUCCAAUCUGUGUAAGAAAUAAACCAUUAUAUUUCACCUUCUACCGUCAUGGUCGCAGCCAGGGUA